AUGCAAUUCGAUUACCUCAACCUUACAAUCAGUCCAAUGGUCGAUGCCACCGAUAUCACCAUCGAUCUCAACAACAGAAGUUUCAUUACACUGCUCUCCUCCAACGGCCUUUCACCAACAAAGUGGUCAAGAGUCACUAUCAAUGGAGCGAUGACCUUUAUAAAUGGUGGAUCAAACUUUAUCAAUGCACCAUAUGGUAGAAACAAUAUAACUUUGAACAAUGUAUUGGUCACUGGAUUCUAUCGUUACAAGCCCAAUCAGAGUAUGAUUAGGUUUGAUGAUGGUACCAUCAUAUUCAAUGGAUGUACUUUUACAAACAUCACCAGUGGCACCAACUGGCCAUUGAUCUACGGUACCAAGUUGAGAUUGACACUCAAUCAAACAACAUUUGCCAACAACUCAUUGAUCCCAUCAAUAUGUGAUACAACCGGUGCUGUAAUAAUCAUCUCAUCAACAUUCCACAACAAUCAUUUCACAUUGCCAAGGUUCAUCGAUUUCACCAUCACUACAACUAUCCAGUUCCCCAUCCAAGUGAUCAUUGAUAAUUGUACCUUUACCAACAAUCAGGGCAUCAAUUCCACCGCACCUGGCACACUACUCAAUGGCUAUGGACCAUUCAUUUUGACCAAUUCUGUAUUUGACUCUAACUCCAACAUCACUGCGGCCAUCGAUGUGGACUAUGCCAACAACACAAAGAUUGAGUUUACAUCAUUCACCAACAAUCAAUUUGGCAAUAAUGGAUUAUUAAUAUCAUUGGAAUACUCCAAUGUUACAAUGACCAAUGUAACGAUCAAUGCCAACACUGCGACCAACACCACCAACACUGGCAAGCAAUUAUUCUACAUCAACUACUCGUUGCUCAAUAUGGACAAUGUUGUGUUUGGACCGACCGACACACCCGUCCAGACCAUCAUCAACUGCACCCAAUCCACCACCCAGGUCAGGAACUUCAUCGACACUGGAGGCAACCGAUUGAUGGAUUGUAAUUUGGGCAACAGUCGUUGUACACUCUCUGGAUACGAUCAAGAACUGUGCCACUCAUCAGGUGGAGGAAUAGUAGUUUCAAAAAAGGCCGGUAUGAUUGCUGGUAUAGUCAUUGGAGCAACUGUUGCCGUGGUUGUAUUGAUUGUUGUAUUCAUAAAGGUACUGCGGCCAAAGCAAGAGAAGAUGGAUGUUACCUCUGGCAAGGGUGCCAAUGUAGAGAUGGGCAGACACUAUCGCAGCGAAGAAUAA